GUUGCGCGUCAGCGGCCGCGAUGGCGGCGCCGGGGGUGUCCAAGGCCGAGUACCUGCAGCGGUACCUGAGCGGCCCCGCCGCGCCCGCCCAGCCCCGCCGCCGCCGCAAGAAGAGACCGCCGGGCGGCACCGGCAGGGCCGGGAUGCGGAUCGUGGAUGAUGACGUGAGCUGGAACAGCAUCGCCACCGCCCCGCAGAAGGAGGAGGAGGACGACGACGAAGCGGACAUGCCUGUGGUGGCAGAGUUCAUUGAUGAACGUCCUGAUGAGGUGAAGCUCAUGGAGGAAUUCCGAACAAACUCCAAGUGGAAGCUUUUGGGAGACCAGAAUGAGGAUUCCCAGAGUUCGGAUAUUUCGGGACCUGCCAAGUCUGCCAUGAGGCGGCAACGCCACGACUCCCCGGACCCUUCGCCACCGAGGGGGGAACACAACGGCUCCCUGGACCCCUCUGCCCCGAGACGGCAGCGCCACGACACCCCUGAUCCAUCACCCCCCAGGAGGAAACGUCAUGACACCCCUGAUCCAUCACCCCCCAGGAGGAAACGCCAGGAUACUCCUGAUCCAUCCCCUCCCAGAAGGAAACGUCAUGACACCCCUGAUCCAUCCCCUCCCAGAAGGAAACGCCACGACACCCCUGAUCCAUCCCCUCCCAGAAGGAAACGCCACGACACCCCUGAUCCCUCUCCUCCCAGGAGGAAACGCCAGGAUACUCCUGAUCCGUCACCUCCUAGGAAAAAACGUCAUGACACCCCUGAUCCGUCACCCCCCAGGAGGAAACGCCACGACACCCCUGAUCCGUCACCCCCCAGGAGGAAACGUCAUGACACCCCUGAUCCUUCCCCCCCCAGGAGGAAACGUCAUGACACCCCUGAUCCGUCCCCUCCCAGAAAACAACGUCAUGACACCCCAGACCUGUCCCCUCCCAGGCGGCGACAGCGUCAGGACACUCCAGACCCUUCACCUCCCCGGCGACGACGUCGUGACACGCCAGAUCCGUCACCUCCCCGGAGGCAGCGUCACGACACGCCGGACUCAUCUCCUCCCAGAAAACAGCGCUGUGACACCCCAGACCUGUCCCCUCCCAGGCGUCGCCGCCACGACACCCCGGAGCUGUCGCCUCCCAGGAAGCAGCGUCACGACAGCCCUGAUCCACCCCCUCGGAGAGACAAGCCCGGCUCACCCAGUCUGAGGAAAAGCCAAAUGAAAGGACGGAGCUCUCCAGCUGGGAAGGGCCAGCAUAGGUCACGGAGUCCCCCGGACCACUCCCCACAUCGCCAGGACACCAGGGGAUCUCCCAGGAAGGCAAACACGAUGUCAUCUGGGGUCAGAGCUGGCUUGGUGUCAGCAGAGGUGCUGCAGAAGGAGAAGCAGGAGCUCCAGAAGCCAGACAAAAGCAUGAAGCACCUGGAAGAGGAAUCCCGGAAUGCCAAGACAGUGUUCCGAGACAAGUCCGGCCGCAAGAGGAACCUGGCACAGGAGCAGCUGGAGCAGAGGCAGAAGGCUGAAGCAGAGGCCAAGAGAGAAGAGCAAUAUGCCAAGUGGGGAAAAGGGCUGGCACAGGAGAGGCAGCAGCAGCAGAACGUGGAAGAUGCCAUCAAAGAGAUGCAGAAGCCCUUGGCCCGUUACAUCGAUGACCAGGACCUGGAUCGAAUGCUGAGGGAGCAAGAGAGGGAAGGAGACCCCAUGGCUGCCCUCAUCAAAAAAAGGAAGGCCAAGGAGAACAAGGAGAAAGAAAAACCCAGGUACAAGGGACCAGCACCUCCACUCAACAGGUUUAACAUCUGGCCCGGGCAUCGCUGGGACGGUGUGGACAGGUCCAACGGGUUCGAGCAGCAGCGCUUUGCCCGGAUUGCCAACAAGAAGGCAGUGCAGGAACUCGCCUACAAGUGGAGUGUUGAGGACAUGUAGGUGAGACAAGAACUGUGCAGAGCUCCUGGAGUGAUCCCCUGGACAUCACCUGCUGCCAAAGCUGUGAGGAAUGGCCUGCUCUCCCUGGAACAAGCCCUGUCCUUGGCAUUCAGUAUUCCAGUGGACCAUCUUCCGAGAGGCAAGGCUGGAUUCCUGUCAACCAGGGACAAGCUCAGAGACUUGAAGGGGCCACUGCCUGCAGGAGCCCCCAGCUCUCUGUGGAAGACACUGUUUUCUGGUCCCUGGUCCCUUUAGUUGUCUUCUAACAAACUCUUUUGUUCUAUGCCAAAUGCUGUGACCUCUGGGGGUGGUUCCCAAGCCUCAGGUGUCCUAAAUCUCAGGUGCAAAUAUGCCGAACGUUUGGUCACGAGAGUUACACUCAUGCAGUAGGUCGGUCUGCUCCAUAACUAAGGUUAAGUUUAGCUUCUGAACUUCUGCUGAGUUUGUGUAGUUAUCAUGCCCUGUAGAUCCCAGAGUCACCAAAGUGCAGUGGAGUUCAAACUCAGCUUCUCCUGGCCCUGUUCAAGCAGGAAAGUGAGCAGGGAAUGCUCUGGCACUAGAAGAGCGACCUGCAUUGGGCAGCAGGAUCUUCUGGAGCGCCAGCAACUCUUUGGGGGGGUCCAUUUCUUGUGGAAGUAAAUGUAUGGAGAGUGGUUAAAUUGCUUCCCUUAUAUUUUGGAGCAGCUGGUUCCCCCAGACCCUUCUGGACAGUGCUGAUCUCAGCACUUCCCCCACGCUGCUGCCUGAGGCUCUGGUGUGAAGUGUAGCAACCCCUCCCCUGUGAUCAGAUUUGUCAGUCUCAGAGCUGGAGGCCGGGCAGAGCUUCCCUUAAUCCCUGCAUGCCAGAAAGCACUUGUGGAAAUAAAUACAGUUGUUCUUGUUGAGGUGCUGGGGAGCAGGGAUGGAAUGCAGGCAGCAGUUUCCAUGGAGAUGCCUUGGCUGCAGCAGUGGGCAGGGGCAGGGCAGGAUCGCUCUUUCCAGGGAUUCUCCAGCGUUAGGAGGGCUGUGGGUGGGAGGGAUAAUGGCAAAAUCUGCUCUGGAAUGCCAGACCCUUGGGACUUUCCAGUUUUUUAUCCCUGUGUAACGUUUCUAGCAGUCCUGGAAUUGGUGUGUACACCUGUAAAUAACACCUUUGUUUUUUUACGUGA